AUGUGCGGCCCGCAUUGCUGUGCCUUUUACGGCAAGCGGCGGCAGCCCACCAAGGAGCCAGCCGUUCCGCGCGGCCAACUCCCUGCGGUUGCUCUGCGGUCCAAGCCUUCGCGAAGAGUCCGUUACGCCUACUCGGCUCUACGCCGGGCGCGGGCGAGGCCGUGUCAGCUGGUCCAGAGCCCCUUCCUCUACGGCUUCGACGAGGAGCUCUGUGCCGAGUACGUGUCCCAGCCGCUGGCCACGCCUCCCAGCUGCCCGGCCAACCUGACGCAGGGCGUGCCGCGGCUCUACCAUGCGGUUGGCAAGGGCGCCGCUCGUCCACCGAACGUGGACAUGAAUGCCGCCGUCCACCUCCGCGGCUUUGAGGUGCGGUACCAUGACGACAAGUCUGCGGCCGCGUACGUGUCCGAGCACUGCGGAGAGGAGGCCGGUCAGGCGUACCGCUGUUUCGUCGCCCCCGCGUACCGGGCCGACCUCUUCCGCUUCUGUGCGAUGUACGCCGAGGGCGGCGUGUAUGUUGACACCGACAUCGUGCUGCUCGAGCCCAUCGGUAGCAUCGUCAACACGUGUGACGGUGCGUCCAUCGGGUACGACAUCCCUGCGGCAGCCAGACAGUCUGAGCGGAAGCAGAUGAAGCUUCUCGCGAGCGUCCCGUCGCACCCGUUGGCCCGCUGCAUGGUCGAGUCGAUUGUCGACAACGUGCGGCACCGGUUCGUCUCCCGUAAGCGGCCUCUGCUGCUUACCGGCCCCGAGCUGCUGCAAGAGUGCUACAACCGGACGCGUGCGGCGAGCGACAUUAUGGUCACGUACCGCGACUCUGUGCGCGCGGUCUACCCGUACACGGGCCUCGUCGGCGCCCGUGGGCUCAUCGCCUUUGAGCAGCCCAACACCAUGGACUACCCGCAGACGACGAGCACCCCCAUCAGCGGCGACAUGCGAUGGACCAGCAAGACAUUCCGCCAGCCCGUGUCGAGCCAGGUGGCUGCGAUGCGGUACGGCUCGCUCACGUCGAAGGGUAGGAUCUACACCAGGGGGUGCGCGGUGCCCAAAAGGUAG